AUGGGAUAUACCAACGUCAAGAAUCCCAUCACUAUCGAUGAAAGCGUAACGAACUGGUACACACAAACAAUUUCCAGACAAGCAAGUUCUCUCAUACCCGAUGACUUUGAGAAACUUCCAGCUUUCGAGACCGUCAAGUUUAGCCAUCGCAAAAGCUUUAGUCCAACAGUCGACGCCUAUCUGCCACAGGACGCGUCCGAUAUGGUACUUACUCUAGGCACCUUCGACGCCCCGUAUCUGGAGUUGAAGCCCCUGGUCUAUAUCUACGUGUAUGGAUUGAAGCAUCACCAUAUCGGGUACUUCUAUGUCGACUCAGACUCGAGCGUCCAUCGCAUGCAUCAGAGCAGUCUCAAGCAUGUCGAUAUAGACGAACCGUUUUGUGACGUCGGUGACCAUUCAGUUGGUGAACAAACCGUUUACAACAGGAUGCGGGCAACGGCACUUUACUUCUUCUUGGUUGCUGGUCACAUCGAAGCAAUCGAGAACUACAGUCAUUUCUGGAUGGACUUUUCGAAAGCUUGCGGAUGGAUCGCAAACAAUGGCAGUCGCCCAAAGCCUCACACAAAAGCACAGAAACAGGAACCGGAGACCGUACCAGUAUCCGCUGCGACACCUAUUUCGGGCCCAGAGAUGGCUGGCUUGACGCACGACACUGUCGCAUCCAGGAAACGCACCCGCGAUGAUGGACCCAUGCCAACAGAAGCGAGAAUCAAGCGUCGCGACUACAGUCAUAUCGUGCGUAUACGCGAUAGAUUGCAAAAUCACCCUAAGCUAACUUUCCCGUCGAUGCAUCCAUCGCAUAGCAUCAUACGGCGAUCAUUGAGCCCAGAACAUCCGGUCAUGGCAAUCAGCGCAGAAGCCAGGCUAGCCAACAGUGAAAGAACAAACCCCCCAUUGAGAGCGGAAAUCGAUACGCAAGCCAGGGCUGUUGAACAACUCAAAGCACAGAUGACAGUAAACCAUCAGCUCUUAGCACAAGUCAACGGACUCACAGCGGAGAUAAGUCGAGUCAAAAACGAAAGCAUGUUCAGUCAAAAUGCGUACCGCGGCAUCCAAGUUCAAUACGACGAACUGGCAGAGCGACACGCUAACACGCUCCACAACGAGAACGCCCUUCGCGAUCAGCUCGGUCAAACUCAGACACGUUGCGCACAAGCCGAGAGGCGAUCAAAGGCGCUGGAGAAGGAAGUGGAGGGUCUCAAGCAAAGAAUGAGAAGAGCGGGAGAAGCGUUGGACAUUUCGGCUUUGUGA